AUGAGGGAGCGGUUCAAGUUCAGGUAUCUCUGCAUAAAAAGACUCGGCGAUGCACUGCUGACGCGCCGCUAUAGCUUCAAGAGCUGCUGGGAUCAGACGAGCAACCAAGACUCCAUCUUUACCCGGGACGUACGUCCGAUUCUCGAACAUGUACUCGAAGGCUACACAGCGUGUAUAUUCUGCUACGGCGUCACAUCUUCCGGCAAGACCCACACGAUGCAAGGCAGCCCCUCCGAACCAGGGAUCAUCCCGCGUGUUGUACAAUAUUUUUUCCACUCCAGCUUUGGGGAGCAGCGGAACGGCGUGCAGGUGGCCGUGAGCUACAUGGAGAUCUACAAGGACGAAGUGUAUGACUUGUUUGUUGAUAGGCAGGAGGGGGUCAAGUUGCCGGUGCGAGAAGCGGGUGGACAGAUAUUUGUCGCGAACCUGACUGAAACGAUGGUAGCCAGCCCGCAUGCUUUCGACCAGAUGUUUGCUGUCGCAUGCAAGAACCGCUCGACGGGCGCAACGCUACUCAAUCGCGCAUCCUCCCGCUCACACGCUAUCCUAGCCAUCCGUGUCCGAGUCUCCCGCGUGGAUGGGACUGUGACUGAGGGCAAGAUCAAUCUGAUCGAUCUCGCCGGUUCAGAGAACAACAAACUCACGGGAAACGAUCCCUCCCGGAUGGCCGAAUCCAGCGCCAUCAACCGUUCCCUUUCCGUCCUCGGCCAAGUUGUCGACGCGCUAAACCGCAACCUCACACGUGUCCCGUACAGGGACUGCAAACUCACCCGGAUCCUUCAGCCCUUCCUGGGAGGGAACGGCAUGAGUCUCUUGAUAUGCAACAUUGCGCCCGGAGGCAAGUUCAGGCAGGACACACUCAACACGCUGAACUUUGCGAAUCGGACGAUGGAGGUCGAGAACAGACCCGUCAGGGCUCCAAUCACGAAGGCUCCCACUCAGCUGCCGAGACCCGGACACCGUACGCACUUGUCAUCCUAUGCUUACCUAUCCGAGCUAACGAGAAACAGAGCGCCGCUACUCUGA